AUGUCUGAAAAUAUAAUCAAUACGCCUUCAAAGUUUGUUAGAUCAACUAAAAAGGCUAUGACGUACGCAUCUCAGGUAGUGUUUUCUCCCAGAAGCCAACUUAAGGAAUAAAAUUUAGUUAGUAUUAAUAAGCUUUAAAGGUCUAGUUCUAAAGUUUUAACUCCAAAAGUAGAAUUUAAUUCUACAAAGGUUUAUUCUUAACAAAAUGAAGGAGAAUUUGGAAAUUCUAAAUACAAAAAAUUAAAAAGUUUGAAAAUAUUUGAGUAAAAAAAUGAAAAAAUAAUAUAAAACUCACCUUUGCUAUUUUACUUGUAAGAUUCAAAGCUAUAAGAUGAUUUAGAAACACCAUCCUAAAAGCUUUUGCUUGAUAAAAUUUAAGAUACAAUAUAAUUAGAUUUUAGCAAAUUUUAUAGAAAUGAUAAAACAGCUGUAACAAAUCUUCAGCAAAGGCAAAAAAAACCUAUUAAUAAGUAAAAUUUAUUAGAAUAAAUAGCUUCUUAUGGUUUAGAUAAUAAAGUUAGCUAUGAACACUAAAAAGAUCCAUAAAAAGCAAGAAAACCUUUAUAACUUUAAUAAAUUUAUCAUAAGAAUAAUUCUACUAACAAGUAUUCAAAUAGAGUUCCUUCUCCUUUUUAAAAUACUUUUCUUAAUUCUCCUAGUUAGGAUAAACGUUAAUUUUAGCAGCUAUCUCUGCAGAGACAUCUUCCUAUUUCACAAGUUUAAAAGAAAUUUAUUUCAUUUAAAAUUAGAGGUGAUUAAACUGAAAAAAUAGAUCUUUCUAAUCAAAUUAGACUAGAAAAAACGAAUAGCUUUUUAGAAAUCAAAGAUAAAUUUUUCUAAAUAAAUCGGUUAUUUUAAGAAAAAAUUGAUCAGUAACUUUCAAAUAAAGAAUCUCCUAUGCUAAAAUUGCUUAUAUUAAAGGGCUAUAAACCAUAGAAUUUGUGCUUUUAUUUCUCAAAGCUAAUUGAAAACAUAGUGACAAACUGCAGCUAUCCUUAAGAAUAAUCUACUUUUUCAAACAACCAAAAAAAAAUUAUCACCAGAAAGAACUCAAUUAAUUUAGAAAAUCAGGAAGAUUUUGAAAAAACUUAUUAAUAUAGUCUACACAAUUAAAUUAAUAAUAAUACUACCAACUCAAGCUCUUCUUCUAAAUUUACAAAUAAUCUAACAACAAAUCCCUCAUCUGAAAAAGAUCUAAACACACACAGCGCAAUCUAUUCAUAAACCAACAUAUUUACAAAUAAAUUUGAAUAAACAACAAAAAGAGUCAAUUUUCAAAAAUCUAAAAUAGAUGAAAGUGUUAUGCAAAUUCACUCUUUAGCGCAUAUCUCUUCAAAUUUAAUUGAAGACAUUUAAUUUAGAACUCAACCUUAAAUAUAGCUUACUUAACACAUUUCUUAAACAGCCCAACAAUUUAGUAAUUCCCUGGAUUUAGAAGAAAUAGUUAAUAAUGAAGAUGAAAUAGAUUAAAAAGAUAACAUAGACAAUACUCAAAGAGCAACAGUUAAAGAAAAAUUAUAUACAGUAUUAAAAGAUUAAAAAUCUGAUCUUACAUAAUAAAAGUUAUCUUUUAAUUUAUUUUUUAAGAUUCCUGGAUUGAUUUAUGAUGAGUUGGUUUAGAUUCUAUCUUAAAUCUUAAGAAAUAAUGUCAAAAACUUAAAUGAGAUUAAUUAUUUAAUAAAAUACCUUAAUGAGCAUAAAAAAGAAUAUACGCCUUAGAAUUUAGUUGAAGAAUUUGGCUCAGUAGAAAGAAUUUAAAAUACAGCUAAGGUUCUUAUAAAUAAGCUAAUUAGCGAAAGUUUACUUCCAAUUCAAAUUUAAGAAUUCUAACAAGAACAAGAAAUAUUAAAUUUCGUAAACAGUUUGUUAAAUUCAGAUUGGAAACAGCUCAAACACUAUUCUAAUAUACUGAAUAUGAAUAGUAAACUUUCAUUUGCAGAGUUUUAUUUGUUUAAAUAGUUAAUCCACAGAUAACUUUUAGAGGUUUUUGACAGAGAUGAAAGAAUUUAUUUACUUCCACAAGUAAUGGAAAAGAUAGAGUAUUAAAUCAUGUACAAUAAUUAUCUCACAGGUACUAAAAGAAUUAAAACAACUACAUUCUAAGAGAUUUGA